UUGAGGAUUUCGGCCAGGAAAAAAAAGGAAAAAAUUGUUUUCCUAUCAAUUUUUUUUAUUGACCAUUUUGUUUAUGUAUAUCGGAUGUUCGUAAUUUUUAUUCUUAUUUGUUAUUAUUAUUAAUAUAGUUUGUAGAAGUUUAGUAGAAAAUUAUGAUACUAGCCGAUUAUAUAGGAAUAUUAUCAAUGUCGAUUUACCGAGUCAACCUCCAUCGAAUCUGAGAAGACGUUUUAAUACAGCACAUACAGUCAGCUAAACGGUGUAUUAGUUGAUGAUAAUACUUUCAACAAGAAGCCCUGGAAGGUAAAAAAGCAAACACAAUGGGUAAUGCCGCAACGGCUAAUAAGAAAGGUGAUUCGGCCGAGAGCGUUAAAGAGUUUCUUGAUCAGGCCAAAGAAGAUUUUGAGGAAAAAUGGAAAAAGAAUCCUACAAACACUGCAGCUCUUGAAGAUUUUGAUCGUAUUAAAACUUUAGGUACUGGGUCAUUUGGCCGUGUGAUGAUUGUUCAACACAAGGCUUCCAAAGAGUACUAUGCUAUGAAGAUCCUAGAUAAACAAAAAGUUGUUAAACUAAAACAAGUGGAACAUACAUUGAAUGAAAAAAGAAUUUUACAAGCAAUCAGUUUUCCAUUUCUUGUCAGUUUGAAAUAUCACUUCAAGGACAACUCUAAUUUAUACAUGGUGCUUGAAUAUGUACCAGGUGGUGAAAUGUUUUCUCAUUUACGUAAAGUUGGACGUUUCAGUGAGCCACAUUCGCGUUUUUACGCGGCUCAAAUAGUGCUAGCAUUCGAGUACUUACAUUACCUUGACCUUAUAUACAGAGAUCUCAAGCCAGAGAAUUUACUAAUCGACUCUCAGGGCUACUUAAAAGUGACUGAUUUUGGUUUUGCCAAACGUGUCAAAGGCCGAACUUGGACGUUGUGUGGUACACCUGAAUAUUUGGCACCUGAGAUCAUAUUAAGUAAAGGUUAUAAUAAAGCUGUUGACUGGUGGGCUUUAGGUGUUUUAGUAUAUGAAAUGGCAGCUGGAUAUCCUCCAUUUUUUGCUGAUCAACCAAUACAAAUAUAUGAAAAGAUAGUAUCGGGCAAGGUACGUUUCCCAUCGCAUUUUGGUUCUGACUUAAAAGACUUAUUAAGGAACCUUUUGCAAGUUGACUUAACUAAACGUUUUGGUAAUCUAAAGAAUGGAGUAAAUGAUAUCAAAGGACAUAAGUGGUUUGCAUCAACUGAUUGGAUCGCUGUAUUUCAAAAGAAAAUUGAAGCUCCAUUCAUACCUAGAUGCAAGGGACCAGGAGACACGAGCAAUUUUGACGAAUAUGAAGAAGAAGCAUUGAGAAUCUCUUCUACAGAAAAAUGCGCCAAAGAGUUUGCUGAGUUUUAGGUAUGCAUAUUAAUAUCUAUUUUAUUUAGAUAUAUUUAUACGUUUUGUUUUUGCAACCUCAGUACACAAUUAAUAUUAACAUAGGAGGACCAAACUGUAAAUGAGAAAUUCUGCUUGUAUCAAAAUUAUGAUUUUGUAGUUAUUCACUAGGGUGGCUUCGUUUAGCCAGUGGCGUUCGCAGGUAUUUUUAAACUAAGUGUCAGAAAAUGGUGAUAACCUUAAAGUCUAUUAACAUUCUAUGUAAUGUUGAUUACUAUGGUAUAACAAAUUACCAUGUUAAUAAUGUAACUAAUAUAGCUUUUUUUAAAGGAGUAAGAGUAUUGGGUAUGUAAAAAAUUAUUUUUUUUUUGUUAAUUUUAAUGUUAUAUUUUAAUUAUCAUCAAGUACUUUCUAAUUUUUCUGUUUAAAUAAUAUAUGAAAAAUAAAAAAUGGCUAGAGUAUUGAU